AUGAGAAGAAGAGUUUAUGGAGAUAUUGGAAAAGCAUUAAAAUGUAUCCCUGUUGAAAGACCUCAAGAUCUAGCUGCAAAUGGCAAGGGUUCUUUGAAGACGAUUGGAAUGAGAUUCAUUGAGAUAAAUAAGGAAUCACCAAAACUUGAAGAUCAAAUUGUAGAAUCGAUAGAAAGUGAUACUGAACUGACUUUGAAAGAACCUGGACUUAAUAGUUUCUAAAUAGAGAGUGAAUAUAAAUUCAAGAUUCUGCCAAAAGUUGACUAAUCAGUGGUUUUCAAGAAUGUGAUAAAUCAUCUUGGUGUUGGUGGAAGUAUUGGAAUAUUCCCAGAGGGUGGAUCUCACGAUUAAACUGAUAUCUUGCCUUUUAAAGCAGGCAUCGCUUUUAUGGCUCUUGGAACUGCAGUAUAACAUAAUGUUCCAGUGACUAUUAUUCCUUGUGGACUAAAAUAUUUUAAUCACAAUCAGUUUAGAAGCAAAGUCUUAGUUGAAUUCGGAAGGCCAUAUGUGGCAACUACUGAGAUGAUAGAAAUGUAUAAAAGUGGAGAUAAAAGAAAAGCAGUAUCAAUGUUUCUGAAAGAUAUUGAGACAAGAAUGAGAGAAAUUCUCUUCUCUGCACCAAGUUUUAAUGAGUUAUAAGCUAUCUAUAUGGCAAGAAAACUAUAUCUUCCUAAAAAGACGCCUAAAUACACCAAAGAAUAAGAGAAUGACAUGUAUUAAAGAUUCUUUAAAGGAUAUAAUGCUUUCAAGGAUCAUAGAGAAUUAAAGCAUUUGAUUGAGGGAAUAACUGAUUAUAGACACUAACUUAAAACUCUCAAUAUUCAUGAUUACCAAGUAAAGAAUAUGAAGCUAUCCAUCAUUUAUCUCUUUAAUAAUCUUUUGGUCUCUUUCGUCAAAUUGUGCCUUUCUUUGCUAUUUGCUCUCCCAGGUUUAUUUAUGCUUGCCCCAUUAGCCAGUGUUGUAGGUCUGUAUGCAGAAAGAGAGAGAAAGAAGGCUCUUGCUGGUUCUGACGUAAAAGUCAAAGCUACUGAUGUAAUGGCAAGUGUGAAAGUAGUCUCAGCUUUAAUUUUCUACCCUAUUUAUUGUGGAUUAUUCACAUUGUGUGUUAGAUCGUCAGAUGGAGUUAUGAGACAUUACAAGGCUGCAUAAUCAAGACUUAUUGCAUUCUUCUACACAGAUAAGGUACAUGACCUUCAAUUAGUGAGAAAAGAAUUAAAAUAACAAGUAAAGAAUAUCGUGAAUGACUUUGGUCCUAAGUUAUUCUAAAAUUUCGAUAAACUUAGACUUGUUGUAAAAGAAGGCUCGAGACCUGGAUCAAGAUCAAAUUCAAGAUCAGGAUCCAGAUCUACUACUCCAUUCAAGAAUAGAUCAAGAGCCGCAUCAAAGGGAGAUUUACAUGCUGAUCUAGGACUAGACUACAAAGAUUAGCUAGAAAUGGAAAGAGCUUUCGCUUGUUUAACAGAGCUUGAAAAUAUUUGA